GAUAUUGUUAAUUUCAUGUGUGACCACUGAAGCCUGUUUUCUGAUCUGUGGUGAACAGGAAGUGGUUCGGGUCAAACAGGUUUUCUCUCUUUCUUUAACACAGAUUUCAUUCAACAGGAAAGAGGAAGGGGAAAGGGGAAGCCUCAAGUUUCCUGAAUCAUGAAACUUUCCUUUGUGAGGUCACAGCGUUUCCUGUCUUCCUCUUUCUUAGAUCCACACCUGAGGUUCAAGUCGGCACAGAAGCUCCAGACACUUCAGACGGACGUUUAGUUAUUCUAUCGAAAUGUUGUCAGAACAGAAUGGGAACUUCACGACCCCUGUCCCUGGCGGCGGCUGCCCACCUGUCGGGAUUCAACUGGAGGGGGUCAUCCUUCCCCCUGUCCUCACCAUUGAUGUCAUACUGGGGCUGCUGGGUAAUGUAGUGGCCCUGUGGAUCUUCUGUUUCAAGCUGAAGACCUGGAACCCCAACAACCUGUUUCUCUUCAACCUGGUCAUCGCCGACUUCUUCGCUCUGGUCAGUCUCCCUCUGAGGAUCGAUGCCUUGCUCAGGGGUCACUGGGUGUUUGGAGACGGGUUGUGCCGAAUCAACCUCUUCCUCAUGUUUUCCAACCGCUCGGCCAGCAUCGCUCUGAUGACCGUGGUGGCCAUCUACCGCUACUUCAAGGUGGUCCACCCUCACCACAGGUUCAACCGGAUGAGCCAGCGUCAGGCGGCGCUGGUGUCGCUGCUGGUCUGGCUGCUGGUGAUCAGUCCUCGGGUUCCCAUGUUAGCUUACAGCCACAUCAAGGGCGGCGGCAACAGGACCCAGUGCUUCUUCUUCACGUCUUACAAAGAGGCCUCGCGCGCCAUCAUCAUCCUGGUCAGCAUGCACCGGAUCCUGACGGUGCUGGAGUUCGUCUUCCCGCUCGCCAUGCUGCUCUUCUGCUCCGUCCGGAUCUCCAGCUUCCUGAAGCAGCGGCAGAUGGGCAAACCCGACAAGGUGCGCAAGGCCAUGCGUGUGUGCGCCGCCAUUGUUUUAGUGUUCAUGGUUUGCUUCUUGCCCACCACGGUGACCACCAUCGGGGUUUGGGCGGUCCGCUCCUACCGCCCGUGGGACUGCUCCGCCUUCUACACCUUCACACAGCUCACCAUCGUGUCUCUGGGACUGAACUUCCUCAACUCAGCCCUGGACCCCAUCAUCUACAUCUUCUCCAGCUCCAUGUUCAGGAAGGCGCUCUGCAGCUUGCUGCCCCGCCCCCCGUGCUGUGGUCAGGACGCCGCCGCCAACGGGAACACGACCUCCUCCUCAGCGAGUCAGAGCACGAGCCAACAGGAGCUGAAGUCCAUGAGGAGGAGCAGAGGGAGUGAAGCCCUUUGACGGAACUCCACAACUCUUCAUUACUGCUUCUGAUUGAUGCUGAAGUUUUAUUCACGUUUGUUGUUUAUGAAAAUGUGUCGGUUCAUUCGUUAAAAAUUAAUAUUCCUUUAACAAAAAAUGUGGGUUUUAAUUCUGUGUUUAUUAAAACUUUUGAAUAAAUUUUGACUGAGAAAUGAGCCAGAAGUUCACAUGACACAAGGAGAUCUGACGCCACCUGCAGGCGACCAAAUGAAAUGCACCGAUAACU